UUUUGUGGCCGAGCAGACAGCUGGGCAGAAGGCAGAAGCUCAUAAAUUGAGAGCGUUUUGGCUAAUUCAAAGUAGUUUCAUUUCUGUUUCGGUCGUGAUCGUUCCAACAUGAAAGUAUUUGUGUGCGUCCUGGCUCUCGCAGCCAUCCUGGCCUCCGCCAAUGCAGGACUUCUGGGUCUGCUGAAGGGCGGUAUUGGCGGCGGUUACUCCGCUGGCUACACUACCGGAUACGGUGGUGGUUAUGGCGGAUACGGAGGCGGAUACGGAGGCGGCUAUGGAGGCCACCAAGUCGUCCAUGUUGUUGAUGGCGGUCACGCUUAUGGCGGUUAUGGCGGACAUUAUGGUGGUGUCGCUCAUGUUGCCAACGAUUACGGUUAUGGCGGUUAUGGACAUGGCUAUGUUGCCCACGCUCCCGUUGUCAGCCACGCCGUUGUCAGCCACGCUGCUCCCGUUGUCAGCCACGUCAAUACCUACAAAGUGAUCACCUCCCACGGAGUUGGCGGCGGUUAUGGCGGCUACGGCAACGGUUAUGUGAGCAACUAUGGCGGUUAUGGACAUGGUUAUGGCGGUCAUGGAGGCUGGGCCAGCGGUGGCUGGAAGAAGAAGUAAACAGCUUCUUGUUGUUAAAUAUUCUUACAUUC